AUGGCCCCACAGUGGGCUUCAGGAGGGGGCAAACCGCACUUCCCACCAGGGCAUUUCCAAAUGAGCGACUAUUCGAACUUGCAAGUUGACCUCUUGGUCGUCUUGAACAUCUGUCUUGCACUGCAGCUGCUGUUCAUGGGCCUCCGCAUCUGGUCUCGACAAAUCAAAGGCGUUCGUCUGGUGCUCAAUGACUACUUUGUCCUCGCUGCAUGUUUCUUCAACAUUGCAUUCUACACCGUCGACCUCCUAGGCAUCUUCGCCGGGGCCGCUCGUCAAACCGAGACCCUGCGCAACCCCCCCGAGCAGAUUCAGUGGUCCGUAAAGUACAUCUACCCCACGCAAGCAGUCCUAUGGGCCACCGUCAACACCCUCGUCAAAUUCAGCAUGGCCGACCUGUACACCCGCGUCUUCCCCACCCGAACAAUGCGCAUUUCCGCUCUCAUCUUCUCCGCCAUCUGCCUCAUAAACUUCAUCGUCCAGCUCGUCGUCUCCAUCGUUCCCGGCGAGGCAUCCCACAGCAACACCCCAAAAGCAAACUCCUACAUCGCCACCGCAGUAAUAAACCUCGUCCUCGACGUCAUCGUCAUCGUAAUGCCCAUGCCCGCGCUCUCCACCCUGCAACUCCGCCCCCACAAGAAAUGGUCCCUCAUCUUCGUCUUCGCGCUCGGCUUCGUCAUCACCGCCAUCUCGAUCGCGCGCGUCGUCUCCUUCAACGCCGGGCUGAAGAGCCAACCAAAGGGAGGCCCGAAAUCCGCACACAAAACGUUCUCCCUACCUUUGACGAGCUAUCUCGAGACUAGCCUGAGCGUCAUGAACGCUUGCCUACCCGUCAUAUUCCCCGCGAUCAUCAGCAUUGGCCGUAGAUUCUCAAGCCGCUUUUCGCACUUGGUCACCGCUUAUCACAAGAAGGAAGGGUAUGGGCACAUGGAUGAAUCGUAUGUUGGCACGAGGCAGACUUCUUCUCCGCGGGCAGCGCAGCCGGAUCCUGGUGCGGCGGGUCCGAGAGCCGCGUUUGCGAGGUGGAAAAAGAGGGGGUUGGAUAAGACGCUGCCGUCGCUACCGACACUUGCUACGCAGGGCAAGGGCACUCGGGCUGAUAGUAGUGAUGAGACUAUCGAUCUGAAAGGGAUGUCGACGAAGGCGUCGAGGGGGUUGAUGAUGUUCCGAGGCAGAGGGCUGAUGGGAAGGGUAUUGUGGUUGAUAGGGAGUGGGCGGUGGAGUAUGGGAAGCCUAUUAUCUGAUAUUGUGUGUGGAUAG